ACCCAAUGUGAAAAUUAGAAUUUCAAAACAAGAAUUCAUUAAAAAAAUUGUAAACAAUUAAAGUAUGAAUAGUUUUAGAAAGUUUCUCUCUAAACAGAGACUAUUGUCAAACACAUUUCAAAGUUUCUAUAAAAAACCAUUAAAUAGUGCCAUUAUCACUAGCCGGUUAUCGGUAAAAACACCUUUUUCAAAUAGAUUGACUCAAAACGUGUUGAAAUCGGAAUGGUUUUUACGAAAUUCAUCAAAUGAUUUAAAUGAACGACUCAAUGAAUUAUUACCGAAGACUACUGUAUCAAGUCUUUUAUCAAAGCGUGAACUUCACGAUUCUUCAUUAACACCUAAAAAAAGGCUUGGAUUAAGACGAAGACCUCGAAACGAGCAACAUGAACAGCUCACAAUGAAAGGUUACUUUCCUGUCACAGCCUAUGCUACAGCAGAGCAAUACGACCUAGAAAAACUUUACAAUGCCCUUAUAACACAAGACUUAUACGACCCUAAGAAGUUUUUCAAUUCAGAAGACAAUAACGACAAUGAGCCUGAUGUGCUCUAUGCUACAGCUAAAUAUAAAGUAGGAAGCGAAUCACGGGGUAUUUAUUUAUUUCGUGAAGGAACAGUUGUUAUGUGGAAUUGUUCUGACAUGGAGAGUUCAAACAUUCUUGGAUUUCUCAAAGACUUUGAAGAGGAUAGCUACGAUGAAAAUAUUGUUCAAAAUGAAAGUGAAAUUAUGUUCUAUAAUUACACAAAAGAUCAUAAACAUCCUUCUCUGCGAAAUAAUAACUUCUACAUCAGCAAAUCUGAAGAGGAUAAUGUACUAGAAAAAUAUACAUUUUCGAAUGCGUUGUCAUUAUCAGUGAAACUGGGAAUUUGGGAAGCUUCUUUAGAUAAUUAUGUUGAUUCAAUGGCAUAUGUGACAGAAGAUUUAAAACAGGGAAACAAAAUUAAAGUUACACGAGCUGAAAUGUUAAGAAAAACUGGAGAACUUUUUGCACUUCGUCAUCUUAUCAAUCUUUCAUCGGAUCUUCUUGACACGCCAGACUUUUACUGGGAUAGGGAACAUCUUGAAAAUGUUUAUUCACAAACAAUAAAUUAUUUUAGCAUUUCCAAACGCACAAGAGUAAUGAACGAGAGGCUUAAUCAUUGUGUUGAACUUGCUGAUCUCAUCACAUCAAAUCUUAAUGAUAUUCAUCAUGUUCGUUUGGAGAAAAUUAUUAUUUACCUUAUUAUGAUUGAAGUCUGUUUCGAGAUAAUUCAUUAUGCUGAACGAUACUACGGUUGAAAUUAAUAAAGAAUAAAAAAAAAGUAUUAGGCAAUGAAUUUAAAAGCUUCUUUUUGACAUAAGAUUCUAAAUGAUCCACGCUUUUAAAAUCAUUUUUUUCGAAUAUUAAUUAAUUAAUUAGAGAAAAAGUACCUACCUAAUUCCGUCUGUUUUUAAUUUCGUUUUUUUCAGUAUCUUAAAUCCGUCUUGGGAUUUUUCA